CAUUUGCUGUCAUUUGGACACCCACUUAUUCUGAGCGUCCGUUGCGUACACAACGUGAACAAUACGUCCGUCGUCGCCUACCUCCUACUUUUUGUCAUCGUUAUCAUAGCAAUGUUAGCGCUGCAGAGGACAGUGGUUUCUACAGGAUGGGAAUGUUACAUCAGGCGUCGUCGCCCCUUUGCUGUCCAAGUUCACUCUGCGGCAUGGCACCACAUACCUCCGGCAACCAUAGCCAACCGACGUGAGGUGUCAUACAACGGCUGUACUACAUCUUCCUUCGCAUCACCUCCCUUCGCACGUACCGUCAGCUCUGGCAGCUUGAAUGCAACCGGCCCCAGCGGCUCUGCAACGCCACAGAGUCAGCAGCAGCAGUUGGGCAUCUUUCAAAUCACGGGUGACGGCGCCUGCAUGUUCCGCGCGAUCGUACAAGGCGCACAGAUAGCCAGCAGAGGCAAGCCCAUGCCGCCGGGUUCCGAGGAGGCUGCGGCACACAACCUACGGCUAGCGGUCGUCCAAGAACUACGGAAACGACGCGAGGAGAUGGAGCCCUUCCUGCCCGGCAUUGCAGCGGACUUUGAUCAGUACUGCCGGACCAUGUCACAUCCCAUGGCCUGGGGAGGCGAACCUGAGAUGGUCAUGGCCGUGCAUGUCGUACAACGACCCAUCACCGUCUUCCACGUGCAAGGGGGCGCACUGGAGCCCAUUGUGACGUACGGCGAUCACCUC